UCUUUCUUUUUUAAUUAAUUAGUAUUUCACAUCACAUUGGUAUUAGCUUUUCAUUUUUCCUCCAUUCUUCUUCUACUGCCCUGUCUCCUUUCUCCUCUCCUUAUUGUGAACCAAAAACAUGAAUAGAAAUGCAUACAACAAGGAGGAAAAAGGAUGUUGCUAUUUCCACCCAAAACAAGUGGUUGUUGGAGUGUGCCCCUUGUGCUUGAAUGAGAGGCUCCUCAUACUGGCUGCAAAUCAAGACCAUCAUCACCAUCACAGGCUUCAAAGUUCCACUCAGAGGAAGGCUUCAGCUUCCAUUCACAAGAUCUUUGCUCUUGGUUCUCUUUUCACUCGCCACCAAUUAAAAUCUCACAACUACUACUAUGAUCAAGAUGAUGCCUCUCCCAGCCCAGAAGAUUCAUUCAUCUCAAUCAAGUUUGAAGAAAAUGGAGUGGCCUCAUGGGAGAAGAGCAACACCACCGCCAUCUCAAAUAUGUCCAAGAAGGUGCGUGUAGAGAGCCAGGUCCUAGACAAGGACGCCAAGGAGAGCAAGAGCGUGGUAGAGCAUGGCAAGUCAAAUAACGCGUUUAGAUGGCGAAAGCGUAUGGGCCGUUUGGUCCACUUCAUCCCAUGGAAGAGGUCCAAUAAGGGUGGUGGUGUGGGCCACGUUGAAGGAGUGAAGGUUAAUAGAAAGGGUUGGAUGAGAACCCUGACAAAGAGGAAGACCGUGGAAUAAAGGGGUUAAAAAACGAAAGUGACACCAACACUUGCUUUUUCUCUCUCUCACCCUUUUGUGGGAUUGGGGUUACCACUUACUACUUACUACUCCUCAGCGUGGAUGUGAAGUUAUAACAAACAUGGUAUAAUACUAUUUCGAAGAAGGUAGAGUCAAAAAUAGCUUUGUUGAUUUGAUCUCUUGAAAAUGUGCUUUAGAUAGAUGAAAGUUAAAAAAAAUAGGGAGUGCUUUGCAUGCUUUGAGGACUUGAGAAUAAGGUUCUUGUAAUUCUUUUUUGCUAUGUAUUUUUUUUUCGGUAUUUUUUUUUUAUUUUUUUUUUUCUAGUUGUUAUGGUAUGGACAGUACAGGCUAGCUGUAAAUAAGAUAACAUUUGGGUCUUCCUUUCCAUACGGCACUGCAAAAAAUACCCCAUGUUAGGUACCCAUAUUGGGAAACAAAUUAAGCACAAGGGCCCUAUAAACAUUGUGCUAUAGGGCUAGUCUUGAUAGUUGGAAAAUGUCUUGUGAACUCAAUUUUUAAAAUAAAAUUCAAAUUUGAUUUUAUUC